GUGGCUGGUCGGUGAAUGGUAUUUCCCUUAUUCACUGCCGGUGAGGGUAUUUGCGGCUGAGCGUUAUAUCGGGAGGAAUUCAGCCAGUCAUCACCAUGGCCUCUGGAGCUCUGUUCCCCAGUCUGGUGUCUGGAUCCCGCGGCUCCUCCAGUAAAUACCUGGUGGAGUUCCGGGCCGGUAAGAUGACGAUGAAGGGCAGUACGGUGACCCCCGACAAGCGCAAGGGUCAGGUCUACAUCCAGCAGACAGACGACUCCCUCAUCCACUUCUGCUGGAAGGACCGGACGACUGGCAACGUGGAUGAUGACCUCAUCAUCUUCCCUGACGACUGUGAAUUCAAACGGGUCAACCAGUGCACCACCGGACGAGUGUAUGUGUUGAAAUUCAAAGCUGGCUCCAAAAGACUGUUCUUCUGGAUGCAGGAGCCCAAAAGCGAUAAGGACGAGGAAUACUGCCGUAAAGUGAACGAGUACCUGAACAACCCGCCCAUGCCGGGAGCGCUGGGUAGCGGAGGCAGCGGCAGCCACGACCUGUCGGCUCUGGGAGGGGAGGGCGGUCUGCAGAGCCUGCUGGGUAACAUGAGCCACAACCAGCUCAUGCAGCUCAUCGGACCCACCGGCCUGGGUGGGCUUGGUGGUCUCGGGGCGCUCGCUGGACCGGGUCUGGCCAGUCUCCUGGGCAGCAGUGCUCCUGCAGCCAGCAACUCCUCCACAAGCCCGUCAACAGCUGUCACCCCGACAUCUACCUCGGCCGCCAGCCGGCUCAGUUCCUCCCAGGUGCCGACCACCCCCAUCACCCCCUCCGCCACCUCAGCCGCCUCCCCCACGGCCACCACCCCCACUGCCGCCGCCGCCCCGUCUCUGGCCACGGGGGCCGCCAGCCCCACGCAGCCCAUCCAGCUGAGUGACUUGCAGAGCAUUCUGGCGACCAUGAACGUUCCUGCCGGCGGACAGGGAGUGGACCUUUCCAGCGUGCUGACGCCCGAGGUCAUGGCUCCCAUCCUGGCCAACGCGGAGGUCCAGCAAAGGCUGAUGCCCUAUUUGCCCUCUGGAGAAUCUUUACCUCAAAGCACGGAGGAGCUCCACAACACACUCAGCUCACCGCAGUUUCAGCAGGCUAUGAGCAUGUUCAGCAGCGCCCUGGCGUCGGGGCAGUUGGGGCCUCUAAUGAACCAGUUUGGUUUGCCCGCAGAGGCCGUCGACGCCGCGAACAAAGGAGAUGUGGAGGCUUUUGCCAAAGCCAUGGAGACGGAGAACAAGUCCGACCAGGACGGCGAGCCCAAAGACAAGAAAGACGACGACGAAGACAUGAGUUUAGACUAGAAUCCCUUCCCUUUCGGGGAAAUCAGUGUCAUGUGUAGUAUUUAUUCAGCUGCUAUUGUGUUUCUUUUUUUUUUUACCAUUUCAUGUAAGGAUAAGGAUUAAUCAGCGUUCUCUACAGAGUCCAUUACUGAACUGAUACAUACCGAUGUCUACUAAGACUCGCUCAUUGGUUGAUAAUGUGUGCAUAGUCGGACAAAAUAGUGAGUUUAUGUAUGCAGAGAGUCUAUUAAGAACUUUCUAGACUUAACUGAAUAAACGUGCUCUCGACCUGCAUGCCAUCUGCGUCCCCCCUAUCCAGACAGAAGACAAGGGCACAGUAAAAUGUUUGUGAUC